UGAUCAUAUUCCCACUGCUGCUUUUAUAAUCAUACUUCCCAUGCUGUCCACUUUGGAUAAAGCAUGUAGUAAAGCAAAUCAAAGAUGAGGUGAUCCAAACUUAAAAGCGCACUUUCAUCAAAGACAAGGACCUAAAAGGCUUCAAACAACCAUUCUUCCAUUCCAAUUCUUUGGUGCCAUGGCAGUGUACAGACAAACGAUAUACAGUGUGAGCAACAUAACUAGCAAGUUGCCUGAACAAAUGGGUACAGGUGCUCCAGUUGAAGUUGGCACAAGGGGGACGGUAGGAUCACUUCUCAAGAAGGAGAUUGAGUAUUUCCGAAGACUGGAAGUAGACUGCUGUGGAAGCUCUGUACAACCUCAGAGACAUGUCCAGGACUUCACAUCCACUGGAAUUAAAUCCUGGCCUAGUUUCAGGUUCUUGAAUUUGACAUGGAGGAGGAAGAAAAGAAGAGGAGGUACAGGUUCUGGUGUGCGACCAGGCAUGUGCUCAAUGGUGGAAGUAUCCGACAGCCAUCGAUUGGGUGAAUUUCCUCGGUUCAGUUAUAGAAAUCUCAGAGCUGAUAUGAAGGAGUUUGAGGUCUAGUACCAUUAUGGAGCAUUAGUUUGAUGCUUCAUAAGGUUGUUAGGCAGGAGAAAGUUUUCAGAUAACAUUCUAUCUUUCUCAUGGACUUCCUAUCUUAUGGGACCUGAUUUUCCAUGUUUAUUUAGCAUCAAAAUUAAAUGAUACACGUCAAAAAGUUGCCUGUGAAUAUCAGAAACUGUGAUUCAGUUCCUUUAUCUCAACUUUUUCGUGCUUCAGUAUAAUUCCUCAGGUAAUGAACCUCCAGCCACUGGUAUGGUACCGUGCUGAAGUACUUCACUUGGUAUGUUUUUAUUGAUGAGUAGUACCUUCUGGAGGUAUGAGGAUCAUGUAUGACGUUUACUUUCUCAUAACAGCUUCCCUUAAAGAUUGAGGACCUUUACAGGAAGAGGGCAAUUGGUUGUACAUGGUGUCCCUGUUUAGGAAUUUGUCACAUAUGCAAUUGGUUUUUGUUGUCUUUAACAAAAGCCAGAUCAGUUGUUGCUUGGUCAUCCGAGUCUGAAGGCACUGAUCCCAAAUAGUGCUACUUCAAGAUCCUCAUUGCCUCUAGCUAAGAGGACCUUUUCUGUCUCUUUUUCUUUCUCUUGGUUCAUCAAAGAGAAGAUUACUUUUAUAUUGACCAUGUACUUGGUUAAUGUCCCCUUUCUUCAUGUAAUUUGAUAUUUAGUUGUACGCUAGACAGGAACUUAGAAGUAUCAAUUGAAUGUAAACAUGUUUAUGCAGUCACAGGUAACUCCAUUUAACUAGUGUAA